ACACUGUGAGACCACAGAUAUCAAGCUGUGUUAGGGGACUUUAGACAAAGUCACUGAAUCUCAGGAGACCUGAUUUGCCCACAGGGUGGAGAGCCACCUCCUCCUCCCCCUACCUUCUGACCCACAGUUCUUUCCAGGAGCCCAGUCUUCCUUUUUCCAGCCUCCACCUGCCUUGGAACCAGCUCCUGCCCUCUGUUAGCCCUGGCUGUGGCGUCUCCCAGUCUCUGUUCCCCUCCUGGAAUAGGAAAAGCCCCAGGACUCUUAACUUUGUGCCACUUUUAUCUUGGGUUUGAGAAGGUGUGAUGUUCUUGAGCUCCCAGCAUCCCUCUGUUACUCCACUGACCCACCACAGGGCUAUAAUCACUUUCCUUGGUUCCCAACUAAAAGGGAGGAGGGAGAUUUUAAUGACUGGAGGAAGCACCCACCCACCUCAGCCAGCCCUCCCUUGCUCCAAAGGGGCCCCAGCUCACCUUCUGGCCCUCCCAUCUUGUCUAUAAUUUUAAUUGCCACUUUUCUUUGGUGUUUUUUGGAAAAUGCUUCUUUGACUUUUGAGUAGGUCCCUUCCCCAAUGGUCUUGCCCAGCUGGUACCCAUUGGAGAGCAGAAAGUCCUCCAUGCUGUCUAGCGCCUCCUUCCUUCCUAUCACCCUCUCAGCUCAUGCUGCCUCCGCGAGGCAGCUCUACUCCACCAUCGCCCUUGGCCUGCUCCUUUUCCCCCCAAGGACUUCAUCCACAGCCGCCCCCAGCGCUAGAACAUUCUCCGUCUGGACACAGCCGCGGGUGGUGGGGAGGGAGAGGGUCAGACAUUUUUAAACUACGGACCAAUUGUGAUGUAAAUGCUGUGUGACCCUUGGCCAAAAUGGGCAGUGGCCCUACCUACCCUCACCACCAACACCAAACCCAGCACCGGUUAAGUCGCCGCCGCCACCCUCGCCCGCAUGCCACUCAGUGAGUAGCAGCCUGGUCGGGGAGGGCGCCGGGGCGUGUGGAUGGGCCGGGAUGCCCAGCUGCUCCGCGUGGUGGCUGCCCGCCGGUAGGUAGCCCUUGCUGCCUGCGCCCCCAUCCGGCUGCCAAGGGGCUGUGCGACCCGUUCUCCAAACACCAUGAUCCUCUAGUCCCCGCUUGGGCCGGAGCUAAGUGCCUGGGCGGCCCGGGGCGACAGGGGAUUCUCUGGCGGGAGGAACAGGCUCUGUGAGGUCAGCACGCCACGGCCCGGGUCACAAUGCAGCCCUCCCCCUCGACGCCCGGCCUCGAGUGCGCCGCAGACACCUGCCCGGCUCCCCCUGGACCGGAGCGUCCUCCCGCGGCCAGGGCUCGGGCAGCUGCUUCCAGCCUGGGACCGGCCUCGGUCUCGGCCUCCGGCAGAGCGCCGCGGGGCCUGGACAUGAGUGCCCAGGAGCCCCCGCAGGGUCGCAGAUUCCCCAUUGAGGCCGGAGACUCCCCUGGCCUUGCCGCCGCCCCCGAGUCCCAGGACAGCCCGGAGCCGGUAGCUACGGAGCACAACCCGGUCAGGCCGCUUCGACGCUGCCCCGGCUGCCACUGUCUGACGCUGUUGCACGUGCCCAUCGACGUCUACCUGGCCAUGGGCGGGAGCCCCCGGGCCCGCGCCACCUGAGUGCGCCUGCGCAAGGCGGCUCCGCGGGAGCCGGGCGGGACGAGGCCAGCCGCGGGCCACCACGCUGAGGUCGCACGCGCCGAGCACGAGACAAUGAUGCACAUUUUAAAAUAAAAGAAUGAUGCACAUUUUAAUAAAGCACAGCAUAAACUGUUCUUUCCA